AUGGUUUCCGCACAAUCAUACCUCAGCACCAGAGGCGGCUCCUCCGGCUUCUCCUUCGAAGACACAGUCCUCAAAGGCCUCGCCAGCGACGGCGGUCUUUUCAUCCCAGAAGCCAUCCCAACUCUCCCCUCAGACUGGCAAACAACCUGGUCCACCAAAUCCUUCCAAGAAAUCGCCUUCUCCCUCUUCUCCCUCUACAUUUCCCCCACCGAAAUCCCCUCGGAAGAUCUUAAAAACCUCAUCGAAAAAUCAUAUGCCACCUUCCGAGCACCCGAGAUCACACCGCUAACCACACUGCGUAAAUCGGAAAACCUACAUUUGUUGGAGUUAUUCCACGGACCUACUUUUGCAUUCAAAGAUGUUGCGCUGCAGUUCGUUGGAAAUCUUUUUGAAUACUUUUUGUCGAGGAGGAAUGGAGGGAAAAGUGAGGAGGAGAAGGAGACGUUGACGGUUAUUGGAGCUACUAGUGGAGAUACUGGUAGUGCUGCUAUCUAUGGAUUGAGAGGCAAGGAGAAUAUUUCGGUGUUUAUCUUACAUCCUAAGGGAAAGAUUUCGCCGAUACAGGAGGCUCAGAUGACUAGUGUUCUGGAUAAGAACGUUCAUAAUCUAGCCGUCGUGGGGACAUUUGAUAAUUGUCAGGACAUCGUCAAAGAACUCUUCGCCGACACAGCCUUCAACGCCCGCCACAAACUCGGCGCCGUAAACUCCAUAAACUGGGCCCGCAUCCUCGCCCAAAUAGUCUACUAUUUCCACUCCUACUUCGCCCUCCAAAAGGCCUACCCGGGUCAAAACCUCACCCCACGUUUCGUCGUCCCCACCGGAAACUUCGGAGACGUCCUCGCCGGUUACUUCGCAAAAAGAAUGGGCCUCCCCAUCGAAAAAUUGGUAGUGGCUACGAAUGAAAACGAUAUUUUGAAUCGAUUUUGGAAAUCCGGGACUUAUGAGAUUCAUGCGGUUUCUGGGAAGGAUGCUGAGGGUGGGAUUCCGGCUGAUGGGGUCAAGGCUCAUGAGUUUGGGGUUAAGGAGACUUUGAGCCCUGCUAUGGAUAUUUUGGUGUCGAGUAACUUUGAAAGGUUAUUGUGGUAUUUGGCUUUCGAGAGGGAGACUACUGCGGACCAAGAGUUGAGUGAAAGACAGAAGAAAGCGAGCGAGAAGGUGAAGGAAAUGAUGGUAGCAUUGAAGACCCAAAGAGGCUUUAGUGUCACACCCGCUAUGUUGGAAGAAGCCAAAUCCGACUUUGGAAGUGAAAGAGUUAGCGAUUCUCAGACCGUCGAAACAAUCCGAGAAAUCUACACAGCCUCAGACUCAAAAUACGUCCUCGACCCCCACUCUUCAGUCGGAGUCACAGCAGCACUCCGACAUAUCGCAUCAAACGGAUCACAAAUCCACCAAGUCUGCCUCUCCACCGCCCAUCCAGCAAAAUUCAGCCAUGCCGUCGAUCUGGCGUUAAACGGACUCGAUGGAUAUAACUUCGACGACGUGCUUCCGGAUCAAUUCAAGGGGUUGGCCGUAGCCGAGAAGAGAGUGGAGGAUGUUGCAAAGGCGGACAAGGAGCUGGUGAAGGAGGUUGUUGAGAGAUUGUUGGAAGGGGAGAAGGCUUAA